AUGUGGAAGGCUAUGACUCUGGCUGUCGUGCUGUUGGUUGCCCUGGUGGGCUCCUCCCAGGCCACCGAGGGCCACCCCAUCUACGGCGUGAAACUGUGUGGCCGGGAGUUCAUCCGAGCAGUCAUCUUCACAUGCGGAGGAUCGCGCUGGAAGCGCUCUUUGGGAAUGCCAGGUGAACUGGAAAACGAGGCCCUCUCCUCUCCAGAGACAGGUGACAGCACAGACCGCUGGAGCUCCUCCGACUCAGGCGCUGGACCCUCCCCCUACAAACCCCACCUGGUGGCAGACGCUCCGUCCUGGGCCGGCGGCGACGCAGAGGACAUGCCCUCCGUGUUCAACCGCCAGGCCCGUUCCCUCAUAUCAGAGGAGAUCCUGGAAGCCCUACGCACCUCCAACAGGAAAAGCAGAGACGUGGUGGUGGGCCUGUCCAACGCAUGUUGCAAGUGGGGAUGCAGUAAGAGUGAGAUCAGCUCUCUCUGUUGAUUUGAUUGGAUGAGAUUAGAGUCACUCGUUCCUGCCUUUUUCACAUUCAUUGUUGUCUCAUAACACAGGAGUCGGUGUGC